CCUCUCUUUCUCUUACUAUUACUCUUUCUUUCCAUUUCCCAUUCAUUCGCUCUUGUCAUCAACAUCUACAAAUAUGAUAUCUCCCCUCUUCCUUCAAACCUUUAACCUCCCUUCAUAAUUAAUUAAUUGAUUAAUUAUAAAUUCCUCAUAAUUAUAAUUAAUAAUAAACUAAUACUUUUAUUCUGGUUCGUUAGAUCAUUUAAUUGAUUGAUUAAUCAUAUGGAAGGGCACCAUAAUAUACACCAUCAACAUCAGCAUCAUAGUGGAUAUCAUGUUCAGCAGCAACAAGUACAACAUCAUCAAAUGCAUCAAAUACAGACGACGACUACGGUGGGAGGUGAUGCAGGGGAUAGAUUCCCUCAAUGGAGUAUUCAAGAAACAAAAGAGUUUCUUAUAAUAAGGGCUGAUUUAGACCGGAAUUUUAUGGAGACGAAAAGAAAUAAGCUUCUUUGGGAAGUUAUUUCUACUAAAUUGAAAGAUAAAGGCUUUCUUCGUAGCGCUGAGCAGUGUAAAUGCAAGUGGAAAAACCUCGUCACUCGCUACAAGGGUUGUGAGACAAUGGAACCAGAAGCAAUAAGAUCACAACAGUUUCCAUUCUACAAUGAAAUGCAAGCUAUUUUCACUGCAAGAAUGCAGAGGAUGUUAUGGGCUGAAGAAGAAGGUACAUCUUCAAAGAAGAACAAAGGUCAAGCAUUAUCAUCAGAAGAGGAAGAAGAAGAAGAAUCAGAUGGAGAAAAAACUACAAUUCAAAAGAAGAAAGCUAAGAAACCCAAAUUAGGUCAUCAAUCAAGCACAAGUAAUAUACAUACUAAUAAUAAUAUUAAUGCAAUUAAGGAAAUGUUGGAGGAUUUCAUGAAGCAACAAAUACAAAUGGAAAUGCAAUGGAAAGAAGCGUACGAGGCUAGGGAGGAACAAAGGAUGAGAAUGGAGAUGGAAUGGAGACAAAGAAUGGAGGCUUUAGAGAAUGAAAGAUUAGCCAUGGAAAGAGCGUGGAAAGAAAGAGAUGAUCAAAGGAAAAUGAGGGAAGAAGCUAGGGCUGAAAAAAGAGAUGCUCUUAUUACUUCUCUUUUGAAUCAAAUUAAACGGUAUCACGAUGAUUCCAAUGUUUGAUGAUUCGGGGAUUUAUGAUAGAGUAUAUAAGAUAAUAUAUAUUCUGAUCCGCUGAUUAUUAAUUUAAGUUUUUGGUUGAAUAUCGAAGCAUAAAUUUAACCAAAAGCUUGAAGUUUUAGUCUUCUUGGUUCCUUAAUUCAAGUGUUGUACCUUAGCUUAGCUAGAUCAUGCAAGGUUAGUUUGUCUUAGUACUAUCUCUUAAUUUCUAUAAUUUUUUUAUUUUUAUUUUAUGUUAGUUUUAAUUUAAUAAUUAGUUUUCUGUUCUUUUGAAUUUGUUAUACAAUAUAAAUUGAAAUAAGAGCGUUUUUGGUAUUUUAUUGUCUAUCUAGUUUAAAAGUAGGAAAAAAUAAUUAGAAUUGUCAAUUUUCAUACAAAAUAAUGUUAAAUAUUAAUAUAAAGCUAUAUUAAUGCUUGGAUUUGAGGUU